CCGGCAGGGGGCGCCGCGCCUCUCGCCCCGCGCCGGGACCGACGGACCGAGCGAGCCCGGCUCCAUGCUUCCCGUCCUGCGCCCAACGCUGCGCCAAGCGCUGCGGCCCCCGGGCCGCGGGGCGACCGGUCUCCGGCUGGUCCGGCCGGAGGGAGCCCCCGGACCCGCCGGCGGCAGCCCGGGCCGGGGCUACGGCGGCGCGCGGGGCCACCCCGGGGACCCCGAGGUGCAGGUGCGGACGCUGGCCGGAGAACACGGCGGAAUUGCCGAAAUUCUGAUGAACAGGCCCCAUGCCCGGAAUUCCUUGGGGAAGGUCUUUAUCAGUGAGUGGUUUGCUGCACUGGACCGGCUGCGUGGAGACAGCGGAGUUCGGGUGGUGGUGGUCAGGAGUGCCGUGAAAGGGGUAUUUUGCGCAGGCGCUGACCUGAAGGAGCGUGAGCAGAUGAGCGACGCCGAGGUGGGACCCUUCGUGCAGCGUCUCCGGACACUGAUGGAUGAGAUUGCCGCGUUCCCCGCCCCCACCAUCGCCGCCAUGGAUGGCUUCGCCCUGGGCGGGGGCCUGGAGCUCGCCUUGGCCUGUGACCUGCGCGUGGCAGCUUCCUCCGCCAUCAUGGGACUGAUCGAGACAACCCGUGGACUCCUUCCUGGGGCAGGCGGGACUCAGCGCCUGCCCCGCUGCGUGGGCACCGGCCUGGCCAAGGAGCUCAUCUUCACCGGGCGACGCGUGGACGGGCAAGAGGCCGCGGGCAUGGGGCUGGUGAACCACGCCGUGCAGCAGAACCAGGAUGGGGACGCCGCCUACCACCGGGCCCUGGCCUUAGCCCUGGAGAUCGUGCCCCAGGCCCCCAUCGCUGUGAAACUGGGCAAAGUGGCCGUGUCCAGAGGGAUGGAGAUGGACCUGGCAUCGGGCCUGGCCCUCGAAGGGCUUUGCUACGCUCAGAACAUCCCAACCCGUGAUCGGCGGGAAGGCAUGGCAGCCUUCCGGGAGAAGCGGCCCCCCCGCUUCACGGGCCAGUGACGCUCCAGCGGAGGCCCAGCCCUCUCCAACCCUGGCCGGCCUCCGUUCCCGGACUCCUCGCCAGCUUCCGGCCUCCCACCCAACUGGGCCAGCCACGCUCCUCUCAGCCCCCUUCCCCUGCCCUCCCCCACAUCCAGCUUUUGUGUUGCUUCCCGUAGGAAGGAGGCUUGUCCAGGGUGAAGCAGGGAGCGUGAACUCACACUCCAUAAAGUUUCUACCCUGCCGCUGUUGAA